AAAGCCCCAAGCACAAGAAUAAGAAUAAUAAGAAGAAGUUUUUGACGUUUUUGCCAAAAAAAAAACAUUAUAAAAAGACCCCUUUCUCCUAUUUAUCUCUUACGCUCUAUCCAUUUCAUGAUCUGUUGUUCUACCAUCUUUAUUUCCACAAUUUUCCAAGCUAGCUGAUACGUUGCCAACACAACAUAACACAAUACCAGAAAUAUUUUAUAAAGAGACAAUAACUAAUAUCCUACUUUAUUUACCCCUCUUUUUUUUGUACAAAAAAAAAUCACCCCUACAUAAAUAUAUACUUAUAUACUUUACCUGUUUGAGAGCAAUCUUCUCUUUACAAAGCCUAACAAAGAAAAGAAAAGCAAAAGAUACAUACAUAAUCACAUACGCAACAGUUCAAUGGAAGAUACCGUUUCUGUUAUCGCUGCCACAUUUGGUGGGCUCAUGUUAUUCUAUGCUCUCUUUUCAUUAUUACUCAAAGACAGGCUAUACAUUUCCGAACCAUUGGUUGCUCUUGCUGGUGGUAUUCUUCUAGGUCCAGCCUGUCUUGAUUGGUUAAACUUUCAAGAACUGACUAGCACACCAGACUUUACCCGUGAAUUUACUCGUAUAAUCAUUGCUAUCCAAGUCAUGGCCGCAGGUGUGUCUCUUCCGAAAGCUUAUUUACGCACCGAACUGCGGUCUCUUCUUGUGCUCUUGCUACCCGUAAUGAUAUGGAUGUGGUUAGUCAGCGGGCUAUGCGUAUGGUGGAUUAUUCCUAAUCUUGGAUUUCUCGAAGCGUUGGUAAUCGCCUCUUGUUUUACUCCAACAGACCCGGUAUUGGCAAGUUCAAUUGUCCAAGGCAGGUUUGCUGAGACACAUGUACCUGAGAACAUUCGUCAUAUUCUACUUGCAGAAAGUGGUGCCAAUGAUGGGCUUGGAUAUCCGUUUCUAUUCCUAGCCAUCUACCUUGUACAGAUGACUAUAGGUCCAGCUUUGCAAAAAUGGACUCUUUUUGUGCUCGGAUACCAGAUCAUUUUUUCUGUGAUUAUUGGAUUUGUUGUGGGGUAUCUUGCUCGCAAGGGAUUACAGUUUGCCGAAUCAAGACGACUUGUUAACAAGGAGUCAUUUUUGCUAUUCUCAAUUUCAUUGGCACUUUUUCUUAUGGGAACUGUGGCUAUGAUUGGAAGUGAUGACCUAUUGGCAUGCUUUAUUGCCGGAAACGCCUUCACAUGGGAUGAUUGGUUCCGGGUCGAAACAAAGAAUUCUAGCUUUAUGGAGGUCAUUGACUUGAUCCUUAACUUGAGCAUCUUUGGCUAUAUUGGUGCAACAAUCCCAUGGGGUAGCUUUAUCAAUUCAGCCAUCGGUCUCUCAUUUGGCAAUCUACUGAUUCUAGCCAUUCUGGUACUUUCGUUGAGGAGAUUGCCAAUAAUCAUGGCUUGUUAUCGCUGGGUUCCUGCCAUAAAUACCUGGCGUGAAGCUCUGUUUGUGGGCUGGUUUGGUCCGAUGGGUGUGGGUGCCCUGUUCUACUACGCCGAAACCAUGCGUCACAUCAGCCCUCAAGGCCGAACUGCUUCUGCUUAUCUAGUAAUUGAGCCCAUCAUCUAUUUUAUGGUCCUGUCUUCUGUUGUCGUCCAUGGAGGCACCGUCCCAUUUUUUACCUUGGGAUCUUAUGCCAGGCGGUCUCUCUUACCAACCUUUGGAACCCUUGCUGAUGACACAAAGAAUGAUGAUAAUCCAGUAAAUCGUACUUCUGGGUAUGGAUCAAUUGCUACAUCCUAAAGAGACUGCAUAAUACUUUAUUUAUUAUUCUUAUCAUAAGAUUUACUACAAUC